UAAAGCGAGUUCAGCCGUCACUGGAUCUAGAUUAACACACUUCCUCUCUUUACCCAAAGUCUGCUGGGCUUUUCACUUUGUUCUGGCAGUCAUGGAGGCUGUGAAUACGCUGAUUCUAGCCGCGAUCGUCUUGAGUCUGCUCUUGAUGUGGUUACGAAGAGAUUCGACACGCUAUGCCAGGAUGCCACCCGGUCCAACUCCGCUACCUCUGAUUGGUAACUUGUUGCAAAUAACAGGCAAUACUCCUUACAAACAGUUCUUAAAGCUGAGCGAGACGUACGGCCCCGUGAUGACGGUGCACUUGGGCGGACUGCGGGUCGUGGUUCUGGUCGGGUACGAGGCGGUGCAAGAAGCGCUGGUGCAGCACGCCGACUUGUUCGCCGGUAGACCGAAAUUGCCUCUGCUUGUAAGGGUAACUAGUGGUUACGGUGUGAUAACUUCCAAUGGAGAUAACUGGAAACAUAUGCGCAGAUUUUCUCUCACCACACUGCGAAGUUUUGGAAUGGGAAAGCACAGCAUUGAACAAUACAUACAAGAAGAGGCUCAGCACCUUGUGGAAAAACUAUGUAAAACUAAAGGUUCCCCCAUUGAUCCCUCCAUGUCUCUGAAUCAGGCCGUGGCUAAUGUCAUCUGCUCCAUUGUAUUUGGAGAACGGUUUGAAUAUGAUGAUGAGAAUUUCGCUCACCUACUGGCCCUCAUUAAUAAAUCCGUGUUUAUAUUGAGCAGACCUUUGGCACAGAUGUACAACAUGUUUCCAAAACUCUUCAAUUUCUUCCCUGGACCUCACAAAGCUAUUUUUGGAGCAAAUGAUGAACUGAAACAGUUUAUUAGUACAUUUGCUGAGAAACACAGGAAAGAUUUGAAUGCUGACAGUCCUCAGGAUUUCAUUGACACAUUCUUCAAGAAAAUGGAACAGGAAAGUGCCAAUCCUAAUACUGUAUUUGACCAUAAUAAUUUGGUGCAGUCAGUUUUGGACCUUUUUGUGGCAGGCACAGAGACUACUAGUACCACACUGCGAUUUGGAUUUCUGAUUCUAAUCAAAUAUCCACACAUCCAAGAGAAGGUCCAAAAAGAGAUUGAUGAGGUAAUUGGACAUCAGCGUUCUCCUACAAUGGCAGACAAAAGGAAGAUGCCUUUUACAAAUGCUGUGAUUCAUGAAAUACAAAGAUUGGCUGACUUGAUCCCAAUGAAUGUACCUCAUGCAACCACUGAAGACACUCACUUCAGAAGCUACAUGAUUCCAGAGGGGACCAUUGUGCUGCCAUUGCUUCACUCUGUGCUGCAUGACAAGAAGCUGUUCAAAUCCCCUCAUUCCUUUGAUCCUGGACACUUUCUCGAUGAAACUGGGUGCUUUAAAAUGAAUCCGGCUUUCAUUCCAUUUUCAAUAGGGAAACGAGUCUGCUUGGGUGAGAGCCUGGCACAGAUGGAGCUCUUCCUGUUUUUCACCACUCUUCUUCAAAGUUUAUCUUUAAGCAGCACUGAGGAUCCUGCAAACCUUAGUCUUCUCCCAUGGGCAAGUUCAUUCCUAAAUGUACCCAUGCCUUAUACGCUCCUGAUCAAUCCCCGUUCAAAGUCUACUUUAUCCUUGGGAUUAAGCAUGGAGUUAGUGUACACGCUACUUUUGACUGCGAUACUGCUAAGUUUACUCUUCGCGUUGGUCCAGAGAGUCUCGGCUCGUUACACCAAGAUGCCCCCCGGUCCGACCCCACUACCAUUGAUCGGUAACCUGUUGCAAGUGAACGGUAAUGCUCCUUACAAAAGUCUCGUAAAGCUAAGUGAGACGUAUGGACCCGUGAUGACAGUAUAUUUGGGUGGGCUGCGCUUCGUGGUUCUGGUCGGCUACGAAACGGUGCAUGAAGCUCUGGUACAGCACGGAGAUUCUUUCGCUGGUAGACCGGAGUUGCCACUGUUUAAAAUAAUCUUCAAGGGAUUGGGGUUAAUCAUCUCCAAUGGAGAUGACUGGAGAGAGGCACGCAGGUUUUCACUCACCACUCUACGGGAUUUUGGAAUGGGAAAGCGCAGCAUUGAAGAAUACAUACAAGAAGAAGCUCAGCACCUGGUAGAAAAUCUACAAAAAACUAAAGGUUCAGCCUGUGAUCCCACAAUUUCUUUGAGUCAGGCCGUGUCCAAUGUUAUCUGCUCCAUUGUGUUUGGAAAACGCUUUGAAUACGAUGAUGAGAAUUUUGCUUGCUUAUUGGCUCUCAUAAACAGAUUUACCUAUUUGUUCAGCAAACCUUUGGUGCAGAUGUACAAUUUUUUUCCAAAACUCACUAGUAUUGUGUCUGGACACCUCCAAACCAUAUUGGACAUAAAUGCCGAAUUUAAACAAUUUAUUUCCAGAAUUGUUGAGGAACAUAGAGAGACACUGUGUGCUGACAGCCCUCGGGAUUAUAUUGACAUGUUCCUAAUCCAAAUGAACCAGGAAAGUAAUAAUGCUGAGAGUCCAUUUCACUAUAAUAAUCUGCUGGAGUGUGUUAAAGAUCUUUUUAUGGCUGGUACAGAGACCACCAGCACCACACUGCGAUUUGGGUUGCUGGUUCUAAUUAAAUAUCCACAUAUACAAGAAAAGGUUCAAAAAGAGAUUGCUGAAGUAAUUGGUGAUCAGCGUUCUCCCACUAUGGCAGAUAAAAAGAAGAUGCCUUAUACAAAUGCAGUGAUCCAUGAAAUCCAACGGAUGGCUGAUCUGGUCCCAAUGAGUGUCCCUCAUGCCACCACUGAAGACACCCACUUUAGAGGCUACGUGAUUCCAAAGGGUACAAUGGUGAUGCCAUUGCUUCAUUCUGUUAUGUUUGACAAGAAACUAUUCAAAUCUCCUCACUCAUUUGAUCCUGGGCACUUUCUGGAUGAGAAGGGAUGCUUCAAAAUGAACCCGGCUUUCAUUCCCUUUUCCACAGGAAAACGAGUCUGUUUGGGUGAGGCCCUGGCACAGAUGGAGCUCUUCCUGUUCAUCACCACUCUCUUGCAAAAAAUAUCUGUGAGGGCCACCAAGGAUCCUGCAGACCUUAGUCUUCUUCCAUGUGCGAGUUCUUUUGUAAAUGUUCCCUUGUCUUAUAAGCUCUGGGUCUGUUAACAGAUACUGUAUGUUGGAUUGCACAAAUCUUCAUUUUAUAUUCAGUUUCCUUCUCUGUAUUUCUAAUUAAAAAAUAAGUGGAUUUGUGUCAGCUAGCCGAGAGGUUCUAUAUAAGUGUGUAAUACAAAUUAUUUUAAUAACAUUUGGUUUCAGUUGACCAUCCAUCUUUCUUGUUGACACUACUAAUGAUCGCAAU